GGACUCGCAGGGAAACUGUUCCAUCUCUCCAUUUGGCCUCCUAGCAAUCUUCAACCAUAAGAGAAAGGAACCCUAAUCUUCUAACCUUCUAGGUCAUGGCUUACACUGCAGCUCUGAUGCUUGCAGCAACGCCUAUACGCUUUGAUAAGUUAUAUGGUAUAAAGGUACGUAGUGAUGCUACCAAAUCUUCGUUAAACUGCUCUGCUUCUUCGUUUUCUUCAACUGAGACUGCCACAGAACAGAAUAUACAAAAAUUUAGUUAUAGCAGAGCUUCCCCAACGGUGAGAUGGCCACACUUGAAACUCACAGAGAAUGACACGGCUCCUCAGACCCAAUCCACCAACACUCUUACUCCUUCCAUGGAAGCCGUCCAAGCUGUUGACGGAGUUGAGAAAUCCUUGCCCCUUGAUUAUUUGGGCUUAGGAGAGGAAAGCCAAACCUUCGAUUCUGCUGAUUCUACUGAUGAAGCCCUUGAAGUGCUGGGAAAGCCCAGCAGGACUAGAGCCAAGAAAAUGACCAAAUUGGCAUUGAAGAGGGCCAAAGAUUGGAGGCAGAGAGUCCAGUUUUUGACGGAUGAGAUUUUGCGGUUGCAACCGGAGGAAUUUGUUGCAGAUGUGUUGGAUAAACGGAGUGUCCAGAUGACUCCCACUGAUUUCUGCUUCUUAGUGAAAUGGGUUGGGCAGUCAAAUUGGCACAGGGCGUUGGAGGUUUACGAAUGGUUGAACCUUCAGCAUUGGUAUUCCCCGAAUGCGCGGAUGCUAGCCACAAUCUUGGCUGUGCUUGGGAAAGCCAAUCAAGAAGCCCUGGCUGUAGAGAUCUUCACCAGGGCAGAGCCUGCUAUGGGGAACACUGUCCAAGUGUACAAUGCCAUGAUGGGUGUAUAUGCCCGGAAUGGUCGGUUUUCAAAGGUCCAAGAGCUGCUUGACUUGAUGCGAGAUCGAGGGUGUGAACCAGACCUUGUGAGCUUUAAUACUCUGAUUAAUGCCAGGGCAAAAUCUGGUUCAAUGCCUUCAGGUUCCACUAUUGAACUCCUCAAUGAGGUGAGGAGAUCAGGUCUGCGACCAGAUGUAAUCACUUACAAUACUCUCAUCAGUGCUUGUUCUCGUGGGUCCACUUUGGAGGAGGCAUUGGAGAUUUAUGAGGAUAUGGAGUCCCACAAAUGCCAGCCUGAUAUCUGGACUUACAAUGCCAUGAUCUCGGUUUAUGGUCAAUGUGGGAUGGCAAUGGAGGCUGAGAGGCUUUAUAAGGAAUUGGGGUCCAAAGGAUUUUUUCCAGAUGUAGUCACUUACAAUGCUCUGUUAUAUGCAUUUGCAAGAGAGGGGAAUGUUGUCAAGGUGAAAGAGAUUUGCGAGGAGAUGGUAGAAGCAGGGUUUGGGAGAGAUGAGAUGACAUAUAACACCAUCAUCCAUAUGUAUGGGAAGCAGGGCCAGCAUGAUCUGGCACUGCAGACAUACAGAGAUAUGAAAUCGUUAGGAUGCAACCCUGAUGCAGUUACCUAUACAGUUCUGAUCAAUUCACUAGGGAAAGCAGACAAGAUAACUGAAGCUGCAAAGGUAAUGUCAGAGAUGUUGGCUGCAGGUGUGAAGCCCACUUUACGGACAUUCAGUGCUUUGAUUUGUGGUUAUGCUAAGGCUGGUAUGCGAGUUGAGGCUGAAGCGACGUUUCAUUGCAUGCUGAGGUCUGGGAUUAAGCCAGACCAUCUCGCAUAUUCUGUCAUGCUGGAUAUCUUUUUGAGAUCUAAUGAUACGAGAAAAGCAAUGGGUUUGUACCAAGAGAUGGUUCAUUAUGAUUUCAGACCAGAAGACGACCUCUACCAAGCCAUGCUUAGCUUGCUCAUGAAGGAGAAAAGAGAGGAAGAUGUGGAAAGAGUGAUGAAGGAUAUGGAACUUUGCGGUAUGAGCCCAGAAAUCAUUUGUUCUCAUCUUGUCAAAGGGGAAUGCUAUGAUGAUGCUGCUAAGAUGUUGAAAUUGGCUGCUACUCAAGGCCAUGAACCUGACAGUGAGAACUUGUUGUCCAUUCUCAGUUCAUAUAGUUCCUCUGGCAGGCACACAGAAGCACAUGCAUUGCUUGAUUUUUUAAGGGAGCAUGCAUCCGGAUCCCAUAAUUCAUUAACUGAGGCUCGGAUCAUCUUGUUUUGCAAGGAUCAUAAACUGGAUGCUGCUAUGGAGGAAUAUAGGAAAACAAAAGAGAUUGGUGUUUUUAACUGGAGUUGCACUGUAUAUGGGUCUCUGAUUCAUUGCUGUGAAGAGGCAGGAUUGCUCGCCGAAUGUUCUCAGUUGUAUUCUGACAUGAAAUUCUGUGGUGUGGAACCAUCACAUAAGAUCUUCAGAAGUUUAGUGACCAUUUAUUGUAAACUUGGUUUUCCUGAAACGGCUCACUAUUUGGUUGAUCUGGCAGAAAGUUUGGGCUUCUUCUUUGAUGAUUUUUCUGUUUAUGUUGACUUAAUUGAGGUAUAUGGGAAGUUGAAGUUAUUGCAGAGGGCAGAGAGCUUGGUAGAGCAACUUAGACUACACCACUCCAUGGUUAACCGGAAGGUCUGGAAUGCUCUAAUACAUGCAUAUGCAGCCAAUGGUUGCUAUGAGCAAGCAAGGGCUGUAUUUAAUAUAAUGAUCAGAGAUUGUCCAUCCCCAACUGUAGAUUCCAUUAAUGGUCUCUUACAAGCUCUGAUUAUUGAUGGGAGGUUAGAUGAGCUUUAUGUGGUCAUCCAGGAGUUGCAGGAUAUGGAUUUUAAGAUUAGCAAAAGUUCCAUCCUUUUGAUGCUUGAUGCCUUUGCAAGAGCAGGAAACAUAUUCGAGGUCAAAAAGAUAUACCAUGGAAUGAAGGCUGCUGGAUACUUUCCCACCAUGCAUCUUUAUAGAAGUAUGAUUGGGUUGUUUUCCCGAGGAAAACGAGUGAGAGAUAUUGAAUCCUUGGUUUCUGAGAUGGAGGAAGCUGGAUUUAAGCCUGAUCUUCAGAUUUUCAAUUCAUUACUCAAAUUAUACACUACAAUUGAGGACUUCAGGAAGACAGCUGAGGUUUACCAACAAAUGCAAGCUUCGGGACUUAAGCCAGAUGCUGAUACUUACAAUACUUUAAUUUUGAUGUACUGCAGAGAUCGUAGACCAGAAGAAGGAUUAUCUUUGUUGCAUGAAAUGAAAAAACACGGUAUGGAUCCAAAAUUGGACACCUUCAAAAGUCUGAUUUCGGCAUGUGGUAAGCAGCAACUAUGGGAACAAGCUGAAGAGCUUUUUGAGUGGUUGCGGCUAAAAGGAUUGAAAUUGGAUCGCUCUUUCUACCAUAUAAUGAUGAAAAUUUAUAGGAAUUCUGGUAGCCAUUCAAAAGCUGAAAAUGUUCUGGUUAUGAUGAAGGAGGCAGGUUUGGAGCCUACCAUUGCCACAAUGCACUUGCUUAUGGUCUCAUAUGGUAGUGCGGGACAACCCAUGGAGGCUGAAAAGGUGCUCAAUAAUUUGAAAACUUCUGGUCUAAAUCUCAGUACACUACCAUAUAGCUCUGUUAUUGAUGCAUAUCUUAAAAAUCGAGAGUACGAUUUGGGAAUUGAGAAGCUCUUGGAGAUGAGGAAAGAUGGCAUGGAGCCAGACCACAGGAUAUGGACUUGUUUUAUCAGGGCAGCAAGUUUGUCGCAGAUCACAAGUGAAGCCAUGAUCCUCCUAAACUCACUUCGAGAUACAGGAUUUGAUCUUCCUAUCAGGCUUCUGACAGAAAAAGCUGAGUCACUUGUUGCAGAGGUCGACCAUUUUCUUGAACAAUUAGUACCUGUGGAGGAUAAUGCAGCCUUUAACUUUGUCAAUGCUUUAGAGGACCUGCUGUGGGCAUUAGAGCGCCGGGCCACUGCUUCAUGGCUGUUCCAACUUGCAAUCAAGAGACAUGUUUAUCACCAUGAUAUCUUCAGGGUAUCGGAGAAGGACUGGGGUGCCGAUUUUAGAAAGCUAUCCCCUGGUGCAGCCCUUGUUGGUCUUACUUUAUGGUUGGACCAUAUGCAGGAUGCAUCCUUGCAGGGCUCACCUGAGUCUUCAAAAUCAGUUGUCUUGAUAACUGGGACUGCAGAAUACAAUAUGGUUUCUCUCAAUAAGACACUGAAGGCAUACCUCUGGGAGAUGGGGUCCCCUUUCCUGCCCUGUAAAACACGUACUGGGCUACUUGUAGCAAAAGGCCAUUCCCUAAGGAUGUGGUUGAAGGACUCCCCGUUUUGCUUGGACCUUGAGUUGAAGGAUGCCCCAUCCCUCCCUGAGUCAAAUUCAAUGCAACUCAGUGAAGGAUGUUUCAUGAGAAGCUGCCUUAUACCUGUUUUUAAUGAGAUACACGAGCGACUGGGAAAAGUGCGACCAAAGAAAUUUGCAAGAUUAGCUUUACUGUCAGAUGAAAAGAGAGAUAAAGUUAUUCGAGCUGAUUUACAAGGCAGGAAAGAAAAACUGGAAAAGCUGAAGAAAAGGGGUGGGUUUGUGAGACCUUCGAAGAAAAUGAGGUUCGGAAAGAGAAAAUUUAUCAGAAAAGUGGUGCAUCCAGACCAUAAUAGUGUUAUAUUAGACGAACAGGUACUGAGAUAAAUCAACUAAUUG